AUGGAGUCAGAUCAAAACGCGAAGUUCGCCAUUCACGAGGCUGCUCGUGAAGGGAAAACAUCUGUAGUGGAAUCCUUACUCAAUCUAAGAGACGAUGAUGAACGUCUGCCUAUACACUGGGCAGCGGCAUACAAUCGAUUACCAAUCGUGGAACUGUUGGCUGCGAAUAAAUACUUUGAUCCAGACGAGACGGACGGGUCUGGAUGGACGCCGCUCAUGAUUGCUGCGAGCUUGAAGAAUGCUGAAGGUGACGCUAUCAUUGAUUUUCUGCUACGCAAGGAUGCAGACGUCAACAUGAAGAAUAAUUUGGGGCAGUCAACUAGUGCUAAUCUUUUUUUUCCUCUCUCUCUCUGCCAGAAUGCCCUCCAUUUCGCCACCUCCAAAUCCAACCUUUCCACCGUCCGAACUCUCAUUGCCCAUAAGUGCAGCGCAAGAGUCAAGGAUAAACGGGGCCAGUUGCCACUCCAUCGUGCCGCAGCGGUUGGCUCCAUUCCCAUUUUGAAGAUCCUUCUUGAGGAGGGAAAGAGCCCAGUAGACGCUGCAGAUAAUGAUGGUCUCACCGCACUACACCAUGCUAUUUCUGAGGGACAUGGAGAUGUCGCGAUCCAGCUGCUGAAAGCCGGUGCUGAUCCUUUAAAGAGAGACAAUGAGGGCAGAUAUGCAAUCGAAUUGGCCCCAGAUUCGAAGGCUGACCGGCAUACAACUACACAGGUUCACCCUGCUUUGUGCUUUCUCUUACCGCAGACGCAGGAAUAA